AUGCUCGUUAGCCAAAUCAUCACCGUUCUGGGUUUUUGCCUAUCCCAAGCUCGUGCCGCCGCUGUGCUUCCGGUCAACGAUGAAGCGAUCAAAUCGUUUGUCGGAUUGGUGACGCGGACUGAUGUCCCCCUUGAAAACGCUCCUGGGUUUUCCAAGAUCGCAAAUAGUUUUCAAAAGCAACAUUCCUUGAACGGUCAACAGUUUCACGAAGAUUUCGCCAAUGCCGUCAGCCCAAUGCUUGACCUCAACGACGGGCACACCCCUUACCUCCUCGACAGCUUCAUCAGCUUCAGAAAAACUCUGGACGACCCCGAGUUAGCCGAUCAUCCCGCGGUCCGGAAAGAACGAUUACAAAUCUAUCGAAACGCUCUGUACUCCGAGCUCGUCCGUCUAGGCGAACACAAGACGGAGAAAUUUAAUUCAGAGAGCCUGCAACGGGCACACAAGAGCCUCCACGAAUUGUUAAACAAGAACCCCGACGGCAAGCAACCCAGCCCCACUGAGAUCUUUGAGGAACUCAAGCACACUGUCGAAAACUCAAACACCUUCAAACCCACGAUGACAUUCACCAAGCUCGACAGGGCGCAAGUCAACGAGCAGCUCAAGAAGACCAACGUGGCCGGCGCUCCGAAGGUCGGACCCCUCACCGGCCAUCUCCCCAUGGAACUGUUCACGACCCAAUUCGACCACAUGGCUCACCACCACCAACUCCAUGCUACCGCUGCACCCGCUGUGGCAGUCGCUUAA